AUGACCUUGCUCUCACAGGUGGUACACUUCAUCACUGGUCCAGCCCUAAUUCCAGGAUACUUUUCAGUUGAGGUGGAUUAUGUCGUGCUUGUUUUAAAUGGAAGAGAAGACACAAAGAUCUCUUUCGCCACACAGUGGUUACUCUAUACAAAAACUUUAAUAGACACUCGGAAACUCCAGCACGUUGCUGUUGUCUUACUUGGAAAUGAACAUUGCAACAACAAAUGGAUUAGUCCAUAUCUUAAAAAAAAUGGAGGCUUUGUGGAAAUACUUUUUGUAAUCUAUGAUAGCCCCUGGAUUAAUGGAGAAGAUAUUUUCCAGUGGCCCUUAGGGGUAGCCACAUACAGAAAUUUUCCUGUGGUGGAACCUAGUUGGUCAUUGUUGCAUGAUAAGAGAUCAUUCUUGUGUAAUUUCUUAGGAACUAUUUAUAAAAAUUCAUCAAGGGAGACUCUAAUGGACAUUUUGAAACAUGAUAAAAACAAUAAGUUGUGCUGGAUUACAGCCAGAGAAGAGUGGAAGCCUCAAGAAACAACUGAAAGUUUGAAGAAGUAUCAAGAUGCUUUACUUCAGAGUGAUCUCAUGUUGUGUCCUGUAGGAGUAAACACAGAAUGUUACUGAAUUUAUGAGGCUUGUUCCUAUGGCUCCAUUCCUGUUGUAGAAGAUGUAAUGACACCAGGCAAUUGUGGGAAUGCAUCCACAUCUCCUAGCACUCCACUGCAGCUUCUUAAGGCUAUGGGGGCCCCCUUUAUCUUCAUUAAAGACUGGAAAGAGCUUCCUGCUAUUUUUAAAAAAGAGGAAAAUAUGAGCUUACAAGAAAAGAUUGAAAGAAGAAAAAUACUGCUUGCGUGGUAUCAAAACUUCAAAGCACAGCUCAAACUGAAAUUCAUUAAAACUUUAGAACACUCUUUUUUAAUGAAUGAUAACAAAGGUUAGUUGUUAAUUUGACCUCAAAGUUCAGAUAUGAAUGAAAAUGUACUUUUCAAAACUUUUAGUGUAUGUAUGUGUUUUUAAGGAAAAAUGUGUUUUGUAGUUUACAGUUAUUAGACUACUGAGCAUUGAGGUACAAAGUUCAUCCUGGGCUUCCUCAUGAAGCUUACUCUUCCUGUCUUCAAACAGGAAGUAGAAUUAAAUAUUUUCUCCAAAAUGCUAACGUGUCUCACCUUUUUUACCCAUUUUAUAAAAUUCCAUGGCUUUUAUGCCUGGGCUUACCCUCUCUCUUUUUUAAAUACAUACAUAUAUAUAUUAAACAUAUAUAUAAUGCAUAUGUGUAUAUAAAGAGUGGAUAUUCAAGUAGUUCACUCUUCCUGUCUUCAAACAGAAAAAGGAAUUAAAUGUUUUCUUAGGAAUUCUAACUUCUUCUCACCCUGUUUGCUCAUUUUCUAAAAUUCUGUGGUUCUUAUCUUGAGGAUGCCUUUUCUGACCUUUUGGAUAUGUGUAUAAAUGUAUAUUGAUUUAUGUACCACACUCUUCCUGUCUUCAAACAGGAAGUGAAAUUAAAAUGUUUCUUGGAUUCUAA